AGUGGUGCCGGCAUAUUGUAGCGCGCUCAGUUUGGCGGCGAGCGUUGUCCUGGUAACUCGUCCACCUCAACCACCUCGACGUCGACAUGGCGGUGGGACUCCGGUGCGGCAGCACCACCAUCAAGUACCUCCUCUUCUUCUUCAACUUCUUGUUCACGCUAUGCGGGCUGGCCAUCCUCGUGGUGGGCGUGAUCUGCACGGGCGUCCUGAAAGGUGAAAAUGUGGGCGCCCUCAAGGGUUCCGUCAUCUUCAUCAUCGUGGUGGGUGCCACCGUCUUCAUCAUCGCCUUCUUCGGGUGCUGCGGCGCGGUCAGGGAGAGCCACUUCAUGCUCACUGUGUUCUCGAUCUUCUUGAUGAUCCUCAUCGUCUGCCAAGUGAUUGCCGCCGUCCUUCUGUUCGUCAACGUCAACGGGAUCAACGAUGCCGUAGGGGAGAUCUUCAAGUCGGCCUUGAAUGGGAACAAUGACGCCAUAAUCGUCACCGACGAAAUACAGAAGAACUUCCAGUGCUGCGGCGCCACAGACCCCUCCAACUGGAAAACCAUCCCCGUCAGCUGCUGCGCUGAAGGCGCUGCGACAUGCACCCUGGCCAACGCGUACUCGAAGGGCUGCGUCAGCGAGGUCUCGUGGUACGUCAAGCAGUACGGCAAGGCUCUCGGCGCCGUCGCCAUCGUCGUCGCGCUCGUCGAGAUCAUCGGCGUGUGGUUCGCGUUGGCCCUAGCGGCAGAGAUCAAGAAAUUGUCGCGAUAAGCCAAAUGUAAUUUUGUAAUUUAACUUUAUGUCAUAUUGUCUGGUCAUUUUUAAUUUAAGUUUAAAAUAAAAACCCUUAAAGCAAAUACGUAA